AAUAGGAUCAAUAGGAUGUCUUUUCUAAUAGGAUCUCCUUCUCUUUCUCUCUUCAAACACAGUUUAAAUAACAAUCGAUAACAAUUGAUUGGGGUAUACUUGUAAGUUUACUAAUUAGCAAUAUUUAUUAAACGAAACAAUUAAUUUGUCAGUAAUUCUCGGGUAAAUAUUGAUUGAUAAUAUGGCAGCCGGUCCAAUUGCGGAGCGUAACCAAGAUGCAACAAUAUACGUUGGAGGUUUGGAUGACAAAGUCACAGAAUCCCUUAUGUGGGAAUUAUUUGUUCAAUCGGGACCUGUUGUUAAUGUACACAUGCCGAAGGAUAGAGUAACUCAAAUGCAUCAAGGAUACGGCUUUGUUGAAUUUAUGGGAGAAGAAGAUGCAGAUUAUGCUAUUAAAAUCAUGAAUAUGAUCAAACUUUACGGCAAACCUAUUCGUGUAAACAAGGCUAGUGCACACCAGAAGAACUUGGAUGUAGGAGCAAAUAUAUUUAUAGGAAAUCUUGAUCCAGAAGUAGAUGAAAAAUUGUUGUAUGACACGUUUAGUGCGUUUGGCGUGAUUUUGCAAACACCAAAAAUAAUGAGGGAUCCCGAGACAGGUAACUCGAAAGGCUUUGCUUUCAUUAAUUUCGCUUCUUUUGAUGCCUCAGAUGCCAGCAUUGAGGCAAUGAACGGUCAAUAUCUGUGCAAUCGGCCAAUUUCGGUAUCUUAUGCAUUUAAACGCGAUGCCAAGGGCGAGAGACACGGUAGUGCUGCCGAAAGACUUUUAGCGGCUCAAAAUCCUCUGAGUCAAGCGGACAGACCGCAUCAAUUAUUUGCGGAUGCGCCACCUCUGGCGCCGCCACCUAUGCCAAAUUCAAACGCGAAUACCCAUCAAUCUGCUCAUCAUCCCCAGCAUCAUGUGAUGCAUCAUGGAAUGGUCGUACCACCACCGCCACCACCGUCUACUCCUGGACCACCAAUGGGCCAUCCGCCUCCACCGCCUGUCCCACCGCCACCGUCUGGUGGAUUUCCACCAGCGAACAUCCCUCCGCCUCCUCUCCCUCCAAUGUCCAUGGCGACGCAUCCUCCUCUACCACCCGGGAUGCCACCGCCGUUGCCGCCUAUGCCGGUGCCGACUUCUCAGGCGCAGUCAGCUGCUUCUAGGAUGAUGGCACCACCACCACCACAUUGGGCUGUCGGGGCACCGCCACAAGGACAAUUUCCGCCGCCUCCUCCACCAUCUUCCAGCGGUGGUCCUCCACAAUUCGGGCAGUAUCAGCCUACGCCUCCAAGACCACCUCCAGCUUGGCGACAUCCGCCACCGCCGCCCGUUUCGCAAGGUGGCCCACCGCCGCCGCCACCACCCCAAUUCCGACCACCCUUCCCACCAAGAGGACCACCGCCACCACCACCGCCACAUGAUGGCAACCAAUAUUAAUACUAUAUUUUCGUGACUUAUAUUUAUACAUUGUGUGAACACAAAUGAUAAACGAUUCAAUUUUGUUUUACAAUUAUUGUCAACAAAUGUAUUAUUAUGAAUCGAGAGAUCUAUGAUACAUUAGUUAAAACAUCAGCUUUUUUAU